UUAGGGAUCACCUCCCAAACCCCAUCCCUAUGGGGGGAGGCGGAGCGCUGCCAAAAUUUUCUUAGGAUUAUACCCCUUUUCAGGCGCAAUAGGACUACCCCUACACUCGGCAGCAACUCGGAUGAUGCCAUCCGAAGCCAUAGAGGCAUACGAAGCCGGUCGUGCGUGGGAAAUAGAGCCCCCGGAACUCAUAGAGGGAGGCCUAGUGGAGUUCACGCUCCCGUCCCGACCGACCGCGUGGGAUGACGGACAGGUUAGUUGGAGAUCCAUCAUCGUGUCCCCAGGUGCUUGGUUGUGGUUGCGUAGGGAGAUCCAUAGCAGUCUCGGGAGAGGUUUAGUGCGAGGGCAUUUAUUCUUGGAUUUAGAGAUAGCCAAAGGGGCUGUCUUGAGUCUUGCCACAUCGGGAGAGAGCGACAUCCUCUGUGCCGCGGAACGAUUGUUGCAGGCGGAGGUCGAGGCCUUCCGUACGGACGACGGGCAGGACCCGCUGACCCUGUUUCACGGGAGACCCCGCUUGCACAUUAGCGGAGAGCUUAUUGUAGCGCGCAACGGGUUCUUCCCACACGCAGGGACUUGGUUGAGGACGAUCGUACCAACGUUCGUGGUGGACUCCGUCUUCGGCGGGAUAGGAGGUAUAGUAGAGGCUUAUCUUGAGGUUAGGGAGCUCGAGCGUCUUUCGAGAGACGAGUUCGACACCCAUUGCAUCUACUACUCCUUAGUGACAGCCGGACCCCAUUGGGGUGACGAGAGGAUCCAGCUCGUGGAGAUGAUCCGUUCGAUUGCGCCAGAUGAGGAUCCCCUGUGGGGAAUUCCUUCUUACACUUGGGAUUUGCUGGACCGGAAACUCCGAGCAGGACCCGAGAGCGUAUCUGAUGCCCUUAUGGCAAAARGGAAGUUGUCAGAGGUCGAAAGMUGCACGAUYUUCCUUGGGMAGCUACYGAWAGGRAARCAAAAGGCAGUGCUGAGAGAGACGCCUCACGAUAAGCUAGAAUUCACAGCAUUGCUCAAGUUGGCCAUGAAGGCUGAGGCAGAUGACUACAAGGACUUACUCUGGAAAGGCAUGCAGCGCCGGGAUUUUUCCCUCUAUCAGGAAUACGGGACCGACAGGUGCCCAAAUUUCAACGACAAACCUUGGGCAGAGCGACGUUAUAUGAUGGAUAGAGAUGGGCCCCUACGGUCAAAGGAUAAUGAUGCUAUCAUAGAAAAAAUGCAAGAGAAGAUGAAGGCAAUGACAAGGCAAUUGACAAAUUUUGAAACGAAGGUCGGAACUACAUACCGGGAUAAACCCGGGUCACCUUAUUCCUUACGAUGGGAUCGCCGCAAUACUGACCCAUGGAGAAACGUCGAAGACCGUAACCCCCGCACACUGGCCGACUAUCGUGCGAGGGAAAGAGAUGAGGAUGAGCGCCGGCGUAGAGACGAGGAUGAUCGUAGACAUAGGGAUGAAGAGGAUCGAAAGCGCAGAGAAGAAGACGAUCGGAGAUGUAGAGAGGGCGAAGAGAGGAGGCGCCGGGAUAAUACUAUAGACAGAGACCGCCGGCGUGAUGGGUACCGAGGGGGAGAUUCUUACAGUCGAGGAGACAGAGCUGACCAGUAUCCGCGCAGUCCCAGAGACCACUACCCGCGCAGUCUCAGAUACGGUGGAAAUGCCGAGGGGUACCGGAGCCCGAGCAACUUUAACUCGAGAGAUAGAAAGGACUCUCAUGGUCGGUGGGAAUCGGAUAGGGACCGCCGAGAUGGAUAUCAAAGCGGUUACGAGCGGACAGAGAGAGGUGAUCGUAGAGAAGAGUCACGGGGGCAGUAUGAGAAAGGAGGAUAUCUUGCGUCGCCAAGGUAUCCCAAGUCCCCAAACUACCCUAGAUCUCCUGGGCCAUCUAACCAGGACGCGAGACGACCGGCAAUUAGGUCCGCGGAGGAACGACCCCCUACCCCUAGGAACUCUUGUAUCUAUUGCAGGGGAGAUGAUCACCUCAAGAGAGACUCCCCUGACCUCAAGAGAGCAAUAGAUGAGGGGUUUGUCGUACUUGAUGAUCGCAAGUACGUCAAGUGGGCAGAUAACCUCGGCGAUGUAUCGAUGUUUCCUUCAAUGAAAGAGAACGUGAAUGCUAGACGAGUAGUACCGAACAAGGGUAAGGCGGUUGCAAGAACCCAAAGCGUGAGACUGAGUUUGUCGUCUGAUAAGGAGAGUCCUAUGACACCCAUACGGGUGGCAGCGACUAAGUCCGCCAGGGCUUCCUCCUCUAAGAAGGCUGACACUAAUUAUGUAAUGGCAGAGAAAGAUGGACAGAGGAUUGAAGGAGAAGAAGUCAUACUUUCCCCGCGCAAACGUGGGGCAAAAAAAUUCAUGAUGAAGAGUACCCUGGAUGACAUAGACACAGUCGAACCUCUUAGCCGUGCUCUCAGGCAGCCUAUGCAGUGCACGAUCCUAGAAUACUUGGCGGCUUCGAGGCCAGCACGGGAUGAAUUGCAAAUGAUUACGCGUAAGACGUGUGUUCCUCUGAGCGACGAGGUCCAAAUGACAACCAAACAGGAGGAGAUACCCACUGUUGCAGUAUCAAGUAUGACCGCUAAGGCGGAUCGUGCUGCGACGGUAUUCUUAGAUGGGAUAGAGGGAGUGCCUCCCGACAAGUUUUACAUUCUAGGCAGUGGGACAGUACAAAUUACCCUCAACGACGGCAGCGAGGCUGUCAUUAUGGACGAGGGCCUAGCGGUCCGAUUGGGAUUAGACCUGGAUAGGUCAUACCAAUUUGAGAUAGAGACCGCUGAUGGAAGGAAGCACAAGGUCGCAGGAGUUUGUCACAAGGCAGCAAUCGAGGUCGAAGGACUGAGAGUGAUGAUGCCUGUUUUCGCAGUUCGGGAUUGCAGCGCAGAGUUAUUAUUGGGACGGACAUGGAUAAGUCAUGUCCAUGCCAUUACUAUAGAACGGCCAGAUGGAAGCCAGAUGUUUUCCAUCAAGCGUCCGGACGGUGGGCGGAUUAUGAUGGAGACGGUAGAGCCUCGCGAUCCGAGGAAUAGAGCGGUUCUCGCCGCAGUGGGCCGUGUACCAGCUCCCCUUGCGAGUCGGUCCCUAAGCUUUCACAAAAAGAAGCAUGGACCUCUAAUUAUAGAAGAAGAAGGGGAAAAGAACGUUGUAGCUGACAGGCUUUCGCGAAUUCCCAUCGAGGUAGAACGACCGAUAUCGGCUGCUGCUCUGACUAUGGCCGAGCCUAGACGAACGGAUCGCUUCCUAGUUAAUCUUUAUGAAGGCAAGUACCGCGCUAUAGGACUGCAUCUGUCGGGAGAGGGGAGCCCCGAUUCGAAGAUUCGGAGACAGGCGGCGCAAUAUUGCCUUAGAGCUGGGCAUUUGUUUCGUCGACCUGUGGGAGCAGGGAUGCCUCUUCGGGUGAUCUGCGAUCAAGAGGAGAUACAAUCCAUAGUGGUCGAGUUGCAUGACAGUGUAGUCGGAGGACAUAAAGGAGUAAAAGGAACAUACGAGAAGGUUCGCAGACUGUAUUGGUGGGAGGGACAGUACAAGGACGUUGAAAAGUACUGCGAGACUUGUGAGGACUGCCAGAAGAGGUCCCUUAUUAGGUAUAAGGAACCACUUCAUCCUUCUUAUCCCACUAGACCACGGGAGAAAGUGCAUAUUGAUCUGGUGAAAAUGCCGAAGGGGGUAGGGAAUAUGAAUUAUGUAGUCAACAUCAAGCAUGAUUUCACUGUCUUCGUCGAUGGUAGGCCUAUCAGGACGAAAGCAGCAAGAGAAGUUAAGAACUUCGUCUUGGAGUAUCUGUCUAGAUACGGAUGUGUUAGUAAGAUUGCGAUGGAUAGAGGAGCAGAAUUCCUAGCAGACGAGGUACAGAGCGUAUUCAAGAAAGCUGGAGCUAGAGUAUCAAUUGCUACUGCCUAUCACCCUCAGUCCAAUGCACCUGUAGAGCGAGGCCAACAGUCAUUGAUUGCGUCCUUAUCCAAGUGGUGUAGAGGGAAAGAUAGCGACUGGCCGAAGUAUUUCAGGUACGCGAUAUGGGCAGACAAUGUCACUGUCCGAGCUAGUACGGGCUACCCUCCUUACACUUUAUGGUUUGGAAGGCACUGUCCCCUGCCCAUAGAGUUUCACGUUGACAGUUGGACCACGGUUAACUGGGCAGAUAACAUGGCUCGAGAGGAAUUACUGGCAGCCCGGACUAGGCAGAUAGCUUACGGACUGGAAGGCAAUCUCAUGACCGCGGCCGAUCGGCUAGCAGUAGAACGAGAAAAUAACAAAGUGAGAUGGGACAAAGACGUCAGGAUCAGAAAGGAAAAGAUCAAGGUUGGCGACAUGGUGCUCCUCUACGACGCCGCUUUGGAAAGGACAUGGACUGGGAAACUGGCUAAUCGAUGGAUAAGGCCCUAUCAUGUAGUUGGUGUGUUAGGUUGGGGAGCCUAUAUGAUUGCUGAGCUAGAUGGGUCAAAAUGGAAGGAUCCUGUGGCGGGAGCUAGACUGAAGUUGUUUAGGUCAAGGGAGACUCCUACUCCUGCUCCGAGGCCAUCAGAUCCUAAAGGAAAGGGUAAAGCUAAGAUAACGGAUGGAGGACCGUCAAGACGGUUCGAGGUAGUCCGAGCCUCGGCACGAAUUGGCCUACCGGUCGUCGGAGGCUCGGGCUUGAUAGCUGGGCGAAGUACUGCAAUCAUGGCGGCUAUUCCGGCUGACACCGCACAGUUCGAUGCGCGUCACUAUGACGAGAAGAUGGAGUCCUUGUUGAAGGAGGAUGGAGGUGCGGACUUCAUCUCUACGUGGGAGGAGGUGCACGAGACCUUCGACGCAAUGGGGCUCAGGGAAAACCUGCUCAGAGGCAUUUAUGCGUACGGUUUCGAGAAACCGUCGACCAUCCAGCAGAGGGGCAUCGUUCCGUUCUGCAAAGGACUGGAUGUCAUUCAGCAAGCGCAGUCAGGUACGGGAAAGACAGCGACCUUCUGCUCUGGAGUCCUGCAGCAGCUGGAAUAUGACAACUUGGCAUGCCAAGCUCUCGUCCUUGCACCCACCCGAGAAUUGGCUCAGCAGAUCGAGAAGGUCAUGAGGGCUCUUGGAGACUACCUCCAAGUGAAGGUGCACGCCUGUGUCGGAGGUACCAGUGUGAGGGAGGACCAGAGGAUCCUGCAGAGUGGCGUACAUGUUGUCGUUGGAACRCCAGGACGUGUCUACGAUAUGCUUCGCCGAGGAGCGCUGAAGCCCGACUACAUCAAGAUCUUCGUUCUCGACGAGGCCGAUGAAAUGCUCUCCCGAGGAUUUAAGGACCAGAUUUACGACAUCUUCCAGCUUCUGCCGGGCAAGCUCCAAGUCGGUUUGUUCUCGGCUACCAUGCCUCCUGAUGCUCUGGAGAUCACGAGGAAGUUCAUGAGCAAGCCCGUGAGGAUUCUGGUGAAGAGAGACGAGCUGACCCUCGAGGGUAUCAAGCAGUUUUACGUGAACGUGGACAAGGAGGACUGGAAGCUGGACACUCUCUGCGAUCUGUACGAGACGCUGGCCAUCACGCAGAGUGUCAUCUUCAUCAACACGAGAAGGAAGGUCGACUGGUUGACGGACAAGAUGCGCACUCGCGACUUCACGGUCUCUGCUACCCACGGAGAUAUGGAUCAGAACACCCGUGACGUCAUCAUGAGGGAAUUCAGAUCCGGUUCCUCUCGUGUGUUGAUUACCACCGACCUCUUGGCUCGUGGUAUUGACGUGCAGCAAGUGUCCCUCGUCAUUAACUAUGACCUGCCCACGCAACCGGAGAACUACUUGCAUCGUAUCGGUAGGAGUGGGCGAUUUGGAAGAAAGGGAGUUGCCAUCAACUUUGUCACCCAGGACGACACCCGCCUGUUGCAGGAUAUCCAGAAGUUCUACAACACGCAGAUUGAUGAGCUGCCGAGCAACGUCGCGGAUUUGCUGUAGAUAAUUCAACAUGAGUGGCAACGGUAUGGUUGAUCUUGUGUGGUGUUUUUAUUGCCUGCCAGCCAGCGGACUAGAGAGAGAGCGAUAGCGGCAAUAGUGAAGGCACCGCUUCCGGUUCUGGUGGGAAGUGAUGGAUGUGCUCUUCGAAGUCUGCGAUAGUAAGUGUGCUCAUGUGGGUUGUCAACUGUGGCAUGCUAACUUGAUGAGGGAUUGAAAUGGAGGAUUGAAUGUAUUGGAAAAAGGGUGAUGCCUCAGAAUGACGGGUAGGAGAGAGCGAGCAGGCAUUGCUCUGCCUGUUUGGAUCUGAUGCGGGUUGCUGUUCGAUUUCUCUGAGGGGUUUUCGUUUUGUGAGAAAACUCCAGAAGGGUGUUCAUUUGAGGAGGCAGUUCGGCGGUGGAUCAACACUGCUGUUGUUCUUGCUGCAACUGCGUGAUGUCGGAGUUUUGUCCGUGUGUUCUCUAGUUUCUUUGAUAUACGAUGACUGUUUUCACUGUCUCUUUAACUGUGUUGUGUUUUCUCAUUACGACUCUUAACAUCUGGCAAGAGGUUUUAUUCGUUUUCUCUAUCGUUGGUUGUUGUUUUCCCAUUACGACUCUGGAAGCGUGUCACACUCCUGGCUGUCGCCUAUAUACUCUUCUAUCUCAAUGUGAAUGCUCCCUCGCGAACAUGUUAUGAGAUGUUGUCUGCCAUCUCAUGUUGGUGUGUUUUCAAGAGAACUGGGGUGAAGUGGUGGUCUUGAAGGAGCACUACCAACUCGAUGCUGUCCCUCUCUGUCACUUGUCUCAUGUUCAUGAAGUUUCUUGUUUUUCUGUGAGGAUUUUGGCAUGUCUUUUUGCAGGCUUCCUUGGGUGAAAGAGGUGUUGGUUUUCAAAAGAGGGGUCGGUUUGAGUGAAAUGUGCACGGCUGUUGGUUUAAAAAAAGAGGGGUUGGUUUUAAUGAAGUGUGCACGGCUUU